GUCGCGUUCGCACGUUAUUGUGUUAUACACAAACAUAAUUUUGAAUAUAAUUCAAUAUAAUUUUAUUAUUUUGUAAGUAAUUUAAAAAUUCAAAUAAACAAAUAUGACUGUUCGUCCAACACAUAGUGGAUGGGAUGUUAAUUAUAUAUGGCACAAAGAAGAAGCAAAAGGUAAACAAUUAGCAAAAUAUUUACUUUGUUCAAAAAUAUUGUCCAAUACGAGUAAAUCACGUUUAUUGAUUCACCGUAAUACUUGCAAUACUUCAAAAUUAUUCAAAAUAGUUACAACAGGAAUUAAAAAAUCUACUCAUUCUACUGCUACUAAAAUUAUCCGUAAUGAAGAACCGCCAGUAUUAAAAAUAAUGGGUAGAGCAUCUUCUCCUAUCUUACCAGUAGCGUCAAGUUCAACAUCUGAAACUCAAACUCAAGGUAAACGUAAACAUAUAAAUAUAUUUGAAUCGGAUUCAGAACCAGAUGAUCCAUUUAAUAAUGCAAAUUCAUCUACUACUAUGCCUAAUUUAAGUUUAAAUACAUCCACUGUAUGCUUAUCGAUUCCAUUAGAAGCUGACAAUGAUGUUCAACUCGCAAGUUCUUCACGUGAAAAACAAUUAAAAAUGUCUAAUUCUAAUGAUACUAUGAUACUUACUCCUGAGAGUUUUACCUCAAAAAAUUCUGAUACAUUCGUUACACUAAAAAAUAAAAAUAAACAGCAGGAUACUAUUCAACGUUACCAUGAUAAAAUAACAAAUGCUGAAAUUGAUUUAGUUAACUUUAAAUUGGGAAAAUUGUUUUUUGGAUGCAAUAUUCCAUUUUCUGUAGUCGAAUCGGUACAUUUUAAAGAUUUUUGCCAAUCAUUAAGACUCGCAUAUAAUCCACCAUCACGAACUACCCUAUCAACUCGCGUUUAAAUGAAAUACACGAUAGUUUUUG